UUGUCACCGGGGUAUGGUCUAGUCAGUGGAGUUUGCACGAAGUGUCCAGUUGGGUAUUUUGGAGUUGGUGGAAUUUUGACAUGUCAGAAGUGUGGAGUUGGAAACAUUUCGUCUUCUGAAGGAUCAACUUCAUGUACGCCAUGUGGAGAUGCGACUGUCCCAAAUAAAGACCAAACUCAAUGUGAAAGAUGUUCAAGUGGUUUCUUUAUUAACAGCGCAAAGACAUGUGAAGAAUGUGGUGCCAAUUACAUUUCUGAUGGUGAAGAAUGUUCACAAUGCGAAGAAGGAGAAGAACCCAAUGAAAGUCGAAACGACUGUGUUGAAUGUAAAUCGGGAUUUUAUAAUUCACAAGAAGGGGGCGUUUGCGUCGAGUGUCAGAGUGGGACGUUCUCUUCAUCAGAAGGAUCAACUUCAUGUCAAAAAUGUUCAAAUAUAUGUAAAACGUGUGACUCGAAAAGUGGUGUAUGUUUGUCGUGUUACGCUGGAAGUAAAUUAAGUGAAGGUACAUGCAUAGAAUGUCCCGCGGGGACUUAUCAAAGUGUUGAUUUCAGUAGUUGUACAAACUGUGCAAACAAUACCUAUUCAUAUUCAAAUUCAACGACGUGUGAAAGAUGUACAACUUGUACAGAGUGUGACUCUACAACUGGGUAUUGUACAAAAUGUCCCAAUGGAUAUCAACUCAAUUCAAACACAAAGAAAUGUGAUUCAUGUUUAGUCGGGUAUUAUUCCAACCAAACUACAAAUAUGAAGUGUACUAAAUGUCCCAUUGGAUCAUUUUCAUCAUCAAAUGCUUCACUAAGUUGUACAGAAUGUGAAAGUGGAAGUUAUGCAAAUACAGAAGCAUCAAACAAGUGUACAAAGUGUUCACAAUUAUGUCCAUUCUGUAGUGCACAACGGGGAAUGUCUAAUUGUUCAGUGGGUACGACUUGUCAUGUGUCUGUGGAAGUGCAAGCUGGUAUAUAUGCAAUCCGACUCUGCUGUCAAUGUGUGAAGUGGUA